AUGUUUCUUAAUACCGUGUCACUACUUAUUUACUUAUUAAAAGCUGACGUAUCUGAAUCUUUAUCACCAUCGUCACUAUUCUGUCCGUUUAAUUCUGACUUACCAACUGGAUACAUUCUUUCGCCAAGUAUUCAUAUUGAUGAAUGGACAUGGUUAUUAGAAAAAUGGAAAAUAGCAUUACAAACAUUUCCCAUUGAACUAACAAAUCAAGGUGCUUUUAGUCGACUUGUUCGUACGACAAUUGGUGUUGGUAUUUCUCGAUUAUUUAGCUUUACUAUCAAUAAUGAACAAGAGAGACUCGAAGAGAAACUUUUUCAAGCACUUCAAAUGGGUUUUUAUUAUGGUAUUGCGUAUGCUCUUGUCGAUGGUCUUCAAGAUAAUCAAAGUCAUCAUCAAGAACAAUUUAAUUUUGAUCAAUGGCUUGAAAAAGCAGAACGUAUUUUAUGUGGCGAACAAUUAAACGCGUCUACACUACCUCAAUUACCGAUUACUUCACUUUUUCUUGAAACAUUUCAUAGUCUUGUUCAAUUGACAUCAAUCAAUUCAAUUACUGAACAAACUUUUACUGAUCUGGCUCUACUUCUUCGAUCACAAAGAUUAGAUAAAAAAGAUUUAGAAAAUCCCAAUUACAAUGAUGUUGAUCUCUAUCUAGGUCCUCUAUUAAAAUCACAUUAUACUUAUACAGCAACAGCUUUUAUGGGUGGAGCAAAUAUGAUUGAAAAUCGCCAUCGUUUAUGGAUGACACCUUUCUUAGGGCAAUUAACAGAUGAUUGUCGUGAUUUCAAUGAGGAUUAUGAGACAAAAUCAAUUACGCCUGUAACAUACUUUAUUCAACAUGAUGGUUUAUCAUUUAAUCCAUUCUUUGUAUUUUUAUUUGUUUGCGAAGAUCUCUAUAUAGAAAGUAAUCGUCAACAGAAUACAGGUGCAUUUUUAGGAAGACGAAUAAUGCGAACAUUACGUGCUCUUGGAAAUGAUUUUCAAAAGUUUCUUACAAUUUUUACUGAGCAACCCUAUCCUGAUUUAUAUAAGUACAUGCUUUCAUUAGAAAAUUUACUUCAACGUGUUGGCGAUCCCGAAAAAGCAAUAUUUCGCCAUGUUAAUAUAUUUGCAAGAAACUAUUCUCUAAAUAAUCGAAAACUUGAAACAUUUGCAUAUGAUUGCCUACCUUUAAUUGAAGAACAAUUAUCAAUUAAGACAGAUGAUAAUAAUUUACUUGUUCAUGGUAUGAACUAUAGUUUAAAAGCCGGUGGAAAACGUUUAAGACCUUUGCUUUUACUUAUCGUAGCACAAAUCUAUAAUAUUGAAAUUAAACGUAUAUUACCACUUGCUCGAGCCAUUGAGUAUCUUCACACCAGUAGUUUAAUUUUCGAUGAUCUUCCAGCACAAGACAAUGCACCAUUACGACGAGGUCAACCAACACUUCAUAUGCCGAUUGAAAGCGAUCGUAAAGAUAUUCCGGCAUCAUUAGCUGAGGGACGAGCUCAACUUGUAGCUGUAGAACUCAUUGCAUAUGCUAUUCAAUCAGUUACAGAUGAUCUUACUCGUGAAAAAUUUUCACAUGAACUUAUAAAUCAAGUUAUUGCUGAAAUAGCACGAUCAAUGCGUGAACUUUGUAAUGGGCAAUUUCUUGAUUUACAACAUUCAAGAACAGAUAAAUCAUUAACAAUUGAUGAUCUUGAUCAUGUAGCUUACUUAAAAACUGGUAAAGCAAUUGAAAUUGCAGUUGUUUGUCCUGUUAUUCUUGCUCAACAAGGACCAUCGUUAGAUCGUUUUCGUGAACUUAGUCGAUUAAUGGGUAUUCUAUUCCAGAUGAGAGAUGAUUUACUUGAUGUUGAAGGUCAUACAGAUGAACUUGGAAAAUUAAAAAAUAUUGAUCAACAAAAUAAAACAGUAACUUAUAUCAGUUUAUUAGGCAUGAACAAAACACGAAAACGUAUUCUAACUAUAAGGAAACAAGUAGAAUUCAUUUUAAAUGAUCUAUGGCCACAAUCGGGAACGAUGCGAGAUCUUAUUCAAUAUAUCUGUGAACGAAAAAAAUGA